UCUAAUCAAACAUUUCGAUUCAUUAGGUCGACAGCCGACUCAGUCGCAGGAAAUAUUGUUCACACUCUGAAAAUGGAUAGCACAAUUUACAACGAGGACGUGGUGAACUUGCGUUCCUUGACCAACCUCAAGGGCUUCGAAUGGCAGCACCUGAAGAAAAAGUGCCGUGAACUGCGUCUGGAGGGCGUCAUGGACUCGUAUAUGAAUUUGACGAUAAGCGCCCAACUCAUUCGCUUCAUACUAUACAUGGAAGUGCUUAUGAUAUUGCACAUCCUUUUGCUUGUCGUCAUGGUAUCGAAUCUUCGGUUAUUCAUACUGCUCCCAUAUCUUAUGGUUGCCCUUUUGACGCCUUUUAUUGCGUGGCCCAUCUUCAAGAAGAACCUCAAACACCCCCGUGUUGUCAGAAUAAUAGUGAGCGUAGCCGUCGCCCUUCUAAUAACCAUUGCCGACUUAUUUGUGUCCCUCUGCAACCUGGGGAAGUAUUUGCUGGUGCCCAGCUACGACCACGUAGUUAUUGCGUCCAUUUAUUUGUUCCUCCCCAUCAGCGUGGCAAAACGCAGCAAGGCUUACCUCCUGGCAGUGCCAGUCUCCCUAAUUUACUUUGCGCACAUGGUCUGGAGGCUGUGUAUCAGCCAAAGCUUCGUUAAAACCAGGAUCACUAGCUACGGUCUCUACCUCAUUUCCCUGAACUUUGUCAUGAGUUUCUGCAACUUCCAGCGCCUAUAUGAGACACGGCGUUGGGUCGUCACUCGCUACCAGCUGGUUCUCCAGGGCAUUACGUUCAAGGUUGUGCUCAACGAGGAAAGGGCCCUUCUGGAAUCGAUCCUGCCGCAGAGAAUGUCGCACUUCCUGCGAGAGGACAUGUCCAGUCGUCUUGCGUACGAGUCGAGGAAUGUAUUUCGACGAACGUACAGGAACCGAAAGCUCUAUAUCGAACCGUACAAUGAAGUGACUAUCUUGGUGGCCGACAUGGUGAACUACACCUAUCUUACCAACCAGAUGCGGGCGCACGAACUAGUGGAAAUCCUGCACGAGCUGUUUGUCAACUUUGACUUGGCGGCCAAGAAAAACAAAGUUCUGCGAAUCAAGUUCCUCGGGGAUUCCUACAACUGCGUGGCCGGCAUUCCGGCCUUUUAUCCCACCCACGCCCACAGCUGCAUUGACCAGGCGCUGGAGAUGAUCAGCAUAACCCAGCAGUUGAGCAACCGGAAACAUUUAAACAUCAAUAUGCGCAUUGGGGUGCACACAGGGGAAGUGCUUGCGGGCAUCAUCGGGCACUCCAAGUGGCAGUUCGACAUCUGGUCAAAGGACGUUGACAUCACCAACCGGCUGGAGGCGUCUGGAGCACCCGGCUUGGUGCAUAUUUCUGACCGCGUCAUGGGUAUGCUGGGCGAUCAAUAUGUAGUCAAAAACGGCACAGAGGCAGCCAAGCUGGAUCCGAUAUUGCAGAAUUUUCGCACCUACCUGAUCGUCAGCCGAAAUUCCGGUAGUGUAGAACUCUCCGAGUCGGAGGAAAACUACUCCGGCAGCUCCAGGGAAAGUUUCGCCUCCUUCCAUGGCGAUGUUUAUGACGAGAUUCGGACACGAGCGCACCGACAGAUGGUCGAAGAGAUGAGCAACAUGCCUGUCGGCCGAAGGAUUGGAUGUAUAGGCCCGUCAAAGGUGAGAAAGGAGAGUUUGCAAGAGGAGUACCUGUUCAAGUCCCAGAUCAGGCCCGUUUUCCUCACUUUCCGCGAUCUUAAAAUGGAGCUGAAGUUCAUUAAGCAACCAGACCUGAUGAUGAAGUACAGCAUGUUCAUGGUGGCCAUAACUGCAAUAAUAUUGUGUAAAGUGGUUUUGAUUGACCAGGACGAAUCUUCCGACGAUGUCAUCCUGUUUCGAGUCAAGCCGUUCGGGUUCCUCCUACCGCUGUUGCUGCUCUGCAUGCUUGCCCUCUUCAAGAAGCUCUGGUUGCAGAGACGGCCUCUGACGCCCAUGACGCAACCGAAACUCGUCUUGUUUCGCUGGCUGCUAAAAGGAUCUGAGCUCAUCGAAGGAUCGCUGUACGUCCGGGUCAGUGUGGCUGUCCUAUCCCUGCUGAUGCUGUAUUUCAUGUCAUCGGAGCGGGUGUUCUCCUGCGACAUAGCUCAGCUGGAAAUCGAUAUUAUAGAUGCGGACCUACAGAACGAGCCGCCUAAUCUUAAAUGCUUUCUACCGUGGGCCGUAACUUACGCUGUGGGUAUCACACUCAGCUUGCUGCUAAUUUUUUCCGGCGUUCCGUUGGAAGUUAAGAUGGGGGUGGGCUUCUUUAUCCUUUUCUUUCAUUUGGGGACCAUUCAUGACUACUACGGGAUCGCCUUUGAACGAUCAGACUCCACGAACAUAGGCCUAAAGGCGGACUGGGCGCAAUCCUGGUACUUGAUUGCGUUUUUCUCUGUCGUCUUGAUAAGGGAGCAGUACUUCACCUUCACUGCUAAGGCGAUGUUUUACACUCGCCAUCUGUAUUUAAUCAAGCACGAGCAAACCCAGGCCUCCACGCGCACUAUAAAAGUCAUCAUGGCCAACAUCCUGCCUUCCCACGUGGCAGAGGUUUUCAAGCAGCGCCGACGCCAGGAUCAGCUUUAUUACGAGAACAUUUCAAAGGUGGCUGUGAUGUUUGCCAUAAUCGAUAGCUACUCGUUGGAGGCCGUGGGACUUCGAGUCCUGCAUGAGAUCAUAUGCACCUUUGACGAUCUGUUGGCCAAAUACCAGGGCAAGCACAAGGUCGAAAAGAUAAAGGUGAUGGGCUGGACUUAUAUGGCGUGCUGUGGUCUCGACGUGGAGGACUACACCGACUUUUCAGUGAGCAUUCAAGAGGGGUUGAACGCGGAACCCGACGUGGAUGCGGACAGGCCAGAAGCGUCUAGUGAACGAAACGUUCACUUUGCUUCACUGCUGGAGGAAGAGAACCAAGACUGGGCCAGUCAACUUAAUGCCGAAAACGUAGUCAUGGUCAUGACAGAAUUCGCCUUCGACUUGCUUCGAAUCAUAUAUGAGAUGGGGGUGGUACAAAGAGACAUGCCAUAUCACAGUUACCCGCUGAAUGUCAAAAUUGGCAUCGCACAUGGGCCUAUAAUGGCCGGCGUGGUGGGUCUCUCGAAGCCGCAUUAUGACAUAUGGGGCCACGCAGUGAACAUGGCCUCCCGGAUGGCCAGUACCGGAGUAGUGGAUAAGAUACAAGUGCCUCGUAAGACCGCCAAAGUCUUGCGCGCAUUCGACAUAUACUGCGAGUAUAGGGGUGCGACUCCAGUUAAGGGCGUGGGUGAUGUACCCACCUACCUCGUUUCUCUGGACCAAAGCCAGGACGAGAGGAAGUCUGGCACCCCGGACAUGUUCGACGAACAGUUUCAGUACGGCGAAAGUUUCCAGCAAUCGCCUACCGACAAAACGCCAGACAAUAAAGAGUAGAGAACUUGGGCGGGGAGAAAUAUAUUUGGUUUUCAGACCCAAAAUAAAUCAGCUCUUCAUCCUCUUUCGGUUUCAGAGGAAUAUCAGACAAAGCUUUUGCUG